AAAGUAGUGGGGAGAAGGCUCUUGCUUGAUGGAAUGAGUGAGUGAGUGAGGUCGUUAUACGAGGAGGGUAGGGAGGAGGAAUCAACACGAAAGAAACCGGCCAAACGACUUCGUUCAACGGUCGCGCCGUAGCGCGUAUUUUUGCUUGUUUUAUUUUACCAGCCCCACCUUUGUUUCGUUAUGAAUUGUUUUGAUUCAAAUUUUCUCCUAUAUUCGAUGAUCAAAUAAUAACUGUAACUUUAUUUAUGAAAAUGAGUUGUGUCGUAUAGUGACGAGUUACCUGUGCAAUGUUUGGAUAAGUUUGGAAAUAGGUUGCAGCAGGUGAGGAGUAUUAAUAAAAGUGAAAUGAAUAUUUUUGUGUUCAGUUAGUGAAUAAUGGAGUGCUGUAAAGAUAUGGGGGUGCAAAAGAGACAUAGUCAGUUUAGCGACACCAAGUAUAAGUGGAGGACAGUGUUAGUGUUCAUCAUAACGGUUCUUUGUUGCUUUAGUGAAUGUAAAGGACAAGAGCUAGGGUCGGCAUCGGUAGAGCCUUAUCUGAAUAAGUCGGUAGGUCUGACAGAGUUGUCAGGCGGGGUGUUGACCGGGGGACGCACGGUGUGGAAGCCUGACGGUAGCCCGUACUUACUGCGGGAUGACCUGCUCAUUGAACGAGAUGCUGAGCUGGUGGUGGAGCCGGGAGUCGAAGUCCGGUUCGCGCCGAUGAUCGGCAUCACGGUGCGCGGGAAGCUAGUCGCCGUGGGUGCAAAUCAAAACGGAAUAACGUUCACAAGUGCAGAGGAGCCGCUUAGGGCAGCAAAACCUAUUCCGGAUAUCCGUCUAGUAGAUGGACCGUCCAUCUUAGUUGGAAGAGUGCAAUUGUUACAUCGAGGGCAAUGGCGAUCAGUAUGCACGAACUCCAGAAAUUGGACGAUCAACGACAUGGAGACGGCGUGCAGGCAAUUAGGUUUCAUGGGCGGAUCUUUCUACAACUGGAUGGAUCGCCAACCUGAAAGGAGAGCAAGACUUUUAUUCGAAGAACCAAAGUGUAAAGGAACUGAAUACGAUCUCUUCCAAUGUGACUGGAACUCUAGACAACUCGGCUCAGGUGUCUGUGACUAUCAUCCUGAUCUCGCCAUCCAGUGCUCACCACAUCACGAUGUCAAUGACCUGUCCGGUGCUAGACGGCACUGGAGAGGAAUACGAUUCGAGAAUGCAGUGUACGAACGAAUACUCACCGCAGUAAAUACUCUAUACGUUCCUACGUCAAUGUCAAGACUUGAACACGUAACCAUCAAAUAUGCAGGUCUAGGUAGAGACAACAAUGCAACAAGUGCCUUAGAUAUUAUUGGGGUCCCACCUGUUAUGGAAGACAUAGAAAUAUCGAACGCAGCGUUCAAUGCGAUUAAUGUGACGUCACCUAACGCUCCCAUAGUUAUAAACAAUUGCACGAUUCAAAACAAUAGAGGAUAUGGCGUGUAUGUGAAUUCUACGUAUGGUAUGGCUAGGAUCGAGAAUUGCUUGAUUCACGACAACGGCGGCGACGGGGUCAAAUACGUGGUGCACGAAAUGAAUAUCGAUGAAAGGCUCGACAGGAGCGAAAUAUUCGAUUUAUGCACAUUGGCAUCUACGCCCAGUCAGACAUUUCCAAUUCAAAUGUCAAUUGAACAAUCACGAUAUUCUAAUAUGGAAAGGGAUUGCCAUCAAAAGUUUUAUACCAGACCCGACCAUGUACUUACAUUAAGCUUUAUAAAACUCCUGACUAAUCAAAACAAUACCGGUGAAUUAUUUAUAUACGACGGUUUAACGACUGAGGAUAAACUUUUAUUAGCAUUCAGUAUUAGAAAUCAGACUCGACCGCAAAGUGUUACGUCAACGAGGAACCGCAUGUACGUGAGAUUUCAUGCUAACACGAGGACCGAUAUUACAGGCUUUUUACGGUUGACGUCAGGCACCAGCAAAACGUAUGAUUUAAACGUAACCGAUACAAUUAUAUCGGACAACAAUGGUAGAGGUGUGGUCAUAGAAAACCUCAGAUCCCAGAUCCACAUUCAUCGCACUUCUAUAUCCAAUAAUAAUCAUGUGGCUGGUCUACAAGUCGUUAGUGGAGCUGGAGAUGUUAAUGUCACUGAAAGUAGAAUUUCCUUUAACCAAGGAGAUGGUAUCAACAUCACCGUGACUGGAGGAAAUAGAAACGUAUCGAGAAGUAUACUGAGCUCCAAUCAAGGAUACGGUAUCGCCGUAUGGAUUAAUAAUACUCAAGAAACAGAAUACAUUCCAGUAAAUCAGACCACAGCUGUAGAAUAUUCAGAAAUAUUUAAAAAUCUGGAUGUUGGAAUACUGCACGGUAACUUUUGCGGAGACAGUUGGGUCAACAUUACUGGUAAUUGGUUUAAUUCAAGCGUGGAAAGCACAAUAGAGAUAUUUACUUGUUGGAGAUAUAACAAUCCGGCCAGAUUGCUCAAUUUACAAGUAGGACAUAAUAGAUUUUACGAAAACCAAAGAGUACCUCUAAAGAUCCAACCAGCUCUCAAUAUAAAUGGACGGAUUGAAUAUAACUACUUUGAACACGGUAAUUAUGGUGCAAUAGUGAUUAUGAAUCGAAUAGAAGGGAAGUAUUUAGAAGAAUUUGAAAUAUUACCGGCGCGAUUUCAUAUUCAACACAAUUAUUUCUUCGGAAAUAAAGGUCCGUUUGUCGUUAACCUGGGUUUAUCUCCAUACAGUGAUCUACAGUACAUACUAUUUUCAAGAAACUUCCUUCGUGAUAAUAAGAUAAGAGAACCUUUUGAGCCGGUAGAAGGUAUAUCUUCAAGACUGACACCAAGAAGUAGAGUCGCCGCUACGAUAGUAUUAGCUUCAAGUAACAUUGACGUAUACAGAAAUAUCAUAAACAACCCAGAAGCACAAUAUGAAAUCGGCUCACACGUGGAAGAUCAGAGUAAGAUUCUAAAUUGUACCUACAACUGGCUCGGAUUCGGCGAAGAAGAAAAAGUUUACAAUAGAUUAUUCCAUAGAAAAGAUAGAUAUAAUUUAGCUAAAAUUAUUUACAUGCCAUAUUUACUACAUAGUAGCAACCCAGGAGCUACUCAAAUAAAUUAUAAUUCACUGUACGUACCGCAGUUUAAUGUACCGGGUACUUACGUAGUCGGCGGUGAGGUUGAAGGCAUAGAAAUACUUCGACAAGGAGAGUACGAUGUUAAUAAGGAUAUUAAUAUUCGUCCGGGAGGAAAACUAGUUUUACAAUCCGGCGUAAUAUUGAAAUUCCCGCCAGCUAUCGGGAUUAUGGUCGCGGGUAAAUUGGACGCAAGAGGAAAACGUCCCAAUGAUAUUACAUUUACUUUGAAGGAAGAAGUAAUAAUGACUAAUGAGAGUGUUUACGAAACUGAUUUUGAGCCUACCACACCAGGAUAUACUGAGCCUAUUGUGCCUAUAAGACUUUUAGGUGGUAGAACUCAACAUGAAGGUAGAUUACAAGUACGAAUAGACGAUAAAUGGGGAACCGUAUGCAAUUAUAGAUGGAAUAUAAUUAAUGCUGCUUUAGUCUGCAAUCAACUUGGACUUGCCUUAAAUCCAGACGAUUGGUUCUUAGAGCCCAACGAAAUACCGUCAGCUGGCCUUACCGAGGACAUCAUAUUAUCCAACGUCGAAUGUACGGAAUUUGAUAAUGAUAUAACCAAAUGUAAGGCUGAAACUAAAGAACAUUUUGAGAAUUCUUGUACGCAUGAUAAUGACGUCGGAAUAAGGUGUUACGAAACUAGUUGGGCUGGAGUCAGAUUUAGCGUGAUAGCUGAACGUGCUGAUUUACAGUAUGUGACUGUGGAGAAAGCUGGACUUUUAGACUAUUCUUCAAAUCUGUUCAAACCAGCUCUUCAGAUCGAUUUUGCUAGACAUAGCUUCGAAAGUAUCAGAAUAACGAACAAUUAUCACGAUGGCUUAGGAAUUCUGUAUUCAGACUUAUACGGAGCCGAUGCUGUAAAUACAGUUCGUAACUCAGAAUUCAGCAAUAACAGAGGAAGUGGUAUCAGUUUCAAACAACUUGGUCUGAAAGUAUAUGGAUCUGUGAUAGAAAACAACAAUUUGGCCGGCAUUUCGCACAACCCUCACAUACCUGGUCCACAACAAAGAGAGAUAGCUGGCUGGUUUAACUUAGAUCCUGGAUUCAAUAUGGAUGAAUCUAAUUACCACCCGAUAAUGGUACCAGAAUAUGAAACAGAUAUCAGUUUAGUAAACGGUGAAACACGACACAUUGUAUUUACAAAACGCUACGGCGAGAAUGUCGCUAAAUCAUACAACAUUAAAUGUAAUCCAGGGUAUGUUCUUGGGCUGCAACUUCUGAACCCUAUUCACAAUUUCUCAACAGAAAAUAUUUGCAUUUAUGACUCGCAAAACAUCAAUGAAGGUAGUGUUAAAUGGUGUCUCGAUCGUGAUCUAUCAACGUUCCCGACGACUAGUAAUAGUUUUGGAGUCGUGCUAACGUAUGAAAGUGGAACGAAUGCUUUAGGAGGAGUCGUGUUAGUUGUAAGCACUAUUGUUGCUCCAUUGCAAAACCUAAGAAACAGAAUAGUGAAAGGACCUGUACCGACGCUGCAAGUCAUCAAUUCAAAGAUAAAAGGAAACACGAAAGGCGUUAAAGCGCUUUACUACAAUCGUUAUCUCAAUGAAUUGGGCGAUCACUUCUUACGAAAAGCUAACGAAAGUAUCAAAAUAUUUAAUUGUGAAAUAGCUCACAACAAGGAAGAAGCAAUUUAUGUCAAUACUCCCUUCUGGGAUAUUCACGAUAGCAAUAUUACUGAAAUAACGAUUAUGGUCAACAGCAGUUUGAUCACAGACAACGGUAAAGGAAUAUAUCACUUUGCAAGAGACUUGAGAAGUUCUAAUAAUUUAUAUCAUUAUAUUCUUCAAGAUAAUACUAUAGAAAGAAACAAACAUGGAGGGUUUGAUGUGGGCUUGCCUUAUGUUUGGCAGUAUAAUGAAAACUUCACCCACUCGGUAUAUAUGCACAAUAAUACAUGGCGUAGCAACCAAAACUUUGCGCUUGUCGUAGAUGGCCAUUUCGCUGAAGUCAACAUAACUAAGAAUAUUUUUACUGACAAUAAUUGUAAAACCGGACUCAUCUCUAUCCAAGGCAUGGAGAAGAAGAUGAUGAUUGAUGGUAACUUUAUUGAAAGAAAUAAUGGUCAGUUUAUGGUAAAAUUCCAUAUGGACAGUCAAAGCGAAAUCAUGGGUAUUGUCUACGCUUUAUUCAUUCAUAACCAAGUGAAGAAUAAUAAGCACAUUAUAGCACAAGUUAGCAGAGGAGCUUUGAUAAGAUCUGUUGAUCCUACUUACGUAAUAGGUUUUAAAGGAAUACAGAAGGUGAAAGUCAGCAGAAACUUGUUUGGAAACAACGCGUUGGAGUAUACAUUGCUAGCCGGCAUUAAAACGGCGAAAAUAGAUAACUUAUUGGACGUCACUGAAAACUGGUGGGGCAGUACUGUAGAGAAAGAAAUACGGAAUCAAAUUUUUGAUUUUGAUGAUUGGAACAACCACGCUAUUGCUGUAUUUCUACCAUAUUUACUAGAAGACGAUAUGGAUUCCAGUCUUUCUGCUUCAUUCAGUCCUACCAAUACGGAUAUAGACGAGUUAGGUGGUCGGUUGUUAUCAAACUACACCAUAGAAUCAAGAAUGGCUCCGUAUAUUAUAAAAUCUGAUAUAACCGUUAUGCCAAACAUCAUUCUGACGAUAAACCCUGGCGUUAUCUUAGAAUUUGCACCAAAUGUAGGUAUCUUGGUUAUGGGCACUCUUCUGGCCAUUGGUCACAGCCAAGCACCAAUAGUCAUGAGGCCACUAUCUCCGGAACCGAAUGUGGAGAUCAAUAGAAUAACGAAGAGAGACGUCAGCCAGUAUUCUUCAAGUCACCACAAACACAGACGUCAAUUAGAAUCAAUGACUAUGACAAACUCCAUAAGGCUAUGUACUGGAAGAAAUUGUUCUAUCGUCGAUAACACAGCAGAGAAAACAAACGAAGGUUUCUUGGAAUAUUACAACAGGACGACUCUCCAAUGGGUUCCGAUGUGCGACAAUCGAUUCACUGAAAGGAAUGCUCAGGUUGUGUGCAGGGAACUGGGCUUUGAUCCAAUCAAUGUAUUCUUUGACCGUGACCGACGAGUGGAAUAUCACAGCAAUUCGUUGUCACGUAUUUGGUCCUGGCCGGAACCAUUGCAAUGUGUAGGAACUGAAGACCGUUACGAAGACUGUCCAAUUAGACUGAAUGGACAACUAUACGGCCAUAGACACGAAUGUAAAUGGGAUUCGGAAUUUGUCUUCAUACAUUGUGGUACAAGAAAUCUGGAGGAUUCGUUAGAAUAUUGGGGUGGAAUAAGGUUCGCUAACCCAGAAUUUGAGUAUUCUCUAUACGAGCACCGCAUCCACGAUCACCACACACAUGAAACAAUGAAGAAGUCUGAAAGCGAGUUAUACCACGUGCAAAUAAUUGGAGCUGGUAUUCUACACAAUGAGAAGUCUCCAGCUAUACAAAGUAUAGUCAAGAACCCAAAAAUACAAAAUGUGAAUAUUACAAAGUGUGCUCACCAUGGCAUUAACUUAGUGUCACCCACCGAUACAAUUAACAUGAUGUAUAAUUCUGUGAAUGAUAUAUUAGGUGAAGGAGUCAGUGCCAUAUCGUUAACUGGGGAGGGUAGAGAAUCUGAUGAGUCCAGCUUCACACCGCUAAAAGAUUUGAAUUUACCCUACCAUUUAUUUUCACUCAUCGACAUUUGUGAUAGCACCAAAAUGAUAACUGUGGAAGAGCGUGUGUUGUUGUAUUAUAAAUACGAUAACAAUCCAGUGAAUUGCGUGAAGAUCUUCAAGAGUAUGUACAGAGUGAAGCCGUUUGGAUUCAGACUAUUACAAUUCAACCUGUUCAACCACACGCAAAAUUAUGGAAAACGCGAUUCCUUGACAUUGUACGAUGGUGAUAUUUAUAAUAUCACGGCUCCUAUGAUUGGCUAUUUGGAGAACGGGUCGCCUGAUGAGAAGAAACUGUUUAAGACUGACGGCGCUAGUCUCAGUGUCUCGUUGUUUGCUAACGGAGCGUCUGCUGUUCAUGGAUUUAUUGCUGAGAUCGUCACCUUGCCGAUAUCUGCUAUUGGUUUCAAUCGCGAUGUCCAGCACAACAUAUCAAGCAGCGAGUUCAUAAACAACAGAGAUGGGGCUAUCACAUACCAGUCGGUAGGCGAAGUCAACCCACUAGUGGCCAUCACAAGGAACGAGAUAUUAAAUAACUGUCUCAAGUUAUACGGAAACUUUACGACAUGUCCGUCUGCUGUCAGAGUUGACGUACAGAACACACAGACAUUGGUGUUCAGAAAUAACUUGGUGCGUAAUAACGUUGGCGGUUUACUGGUUCGAGCUGACUCUAGAGGAUCGGCGACGUCGCUUCGUGGAUGGAUACACAACAACCUGUUCUUUGCUAACCAUGACUUACCAUGUCUGAAAGUUGAAGGUCGCCAAUCCUCGCCGUACCAAGAAGUAACGAUAUACCGCAACUAUUUCACCCGGAACCGCGUACCGUACAGUGACGUCAUCAUCCUCCGUCAAGUGGUGUCAAACUUCACGCACAACUAUGUUCACGACAACACCGGGAUGAGGAUCCUUGAAGUAUCAGGGUUCGAUAAGGUCCGGCUGCCGAUAUACCAGACUACCUCGCAUAACGGAUUUUAUAAGAACUACGCUACAGACCGCGAAGGUCGAGCUACCAUUGUAGCAGGAACAGCUGGCCAGAACUACGUAGAUAACAUCUUCUUUAACCCUGACAACGAUUAUGAAAUGAUCACCGUUAAUAGGUCCAUCUUUGUUGACUAUAAUCCAACUGUUAUGAGUUCGCUCGAUCUUUGGCGGACUCGUAUAGACGCGAAGCACAACUUCUGGAGUUACAACGAGACUUUAGCAGUGGCCGGUCGUAUAAGGGAUCAGAGUGACAACCCGUUGCUUUUAGAAGUGGAUUACAGACCGUUCUAUAUGAAUAACCAGACGGUACUGGGUGGUGGGAAGUGUCCCCCAGGGUGGGACGCUGUGUCCGGUACAUGUUAUAUGUAUGUCGGGGCUCCGAUGACGUAUGAAGAGGCGAGGAAUUUCUGCUUGUCGGACAACGCCUCGAUGCCAUACAUAUCGGGCAACUACGCAGCGCUUUACGAGUUCAUAAGUCGACAGAACCAGUGGUUCCAAUAUGGCGACCGAGUGUGGGUCAACCAUAUUGGAUAUGUGUCGCAGUGCACGUCCUUUGCCUUUUCGAGUGUGGAUAUAACUGAUUGUAAUCAGAAGAAUUCGUUCAUUUGUGAAAUUGAUCCAAAGAUAACAAUAGACCCUAUGUCAUGGAAGGGUGACACGCUAGCCGUGGCCUUCAUAGGAGUGUUGUUAGCUGCCGUUGUGCUGGUCGCUGCUGCUCUCGUCUGCUGGUAUUCUAAGUCUAAACACAGACACGUACAAAGACUAGAGCGGCGUAAUUCGAUACGACAGUCGUUACACUCGGUGCGGUCCAUCGGCAGCAUUAACGGUGGCUUCCCCGAUACUCCCUACAGGAGGAAGCUGGCGCAAAUGAGUACCCGGUCGACAGACACCCUAACUAAAGGCUCGGACUACAGAAAGAUGUUAGCAUCCACCACGUCAAUGGAAUCCAUGGAGAAGAGCCAGUUCAACUCCUCCCUCGACGACAACCAGAGCUUCGACAUCUAUGAGGCACACAACCCAAACACCAACGUCAUGCCACUCACACACACCACAUUCGUUAAGAAACCCAUCACACCAGAAUACUCCGUACCACAGAACAAUGCAAGGCAGUACGGCAACCUGGCCUUCAGGAACGAAGGGUACAGAGAUAAUUCUGGUACAGCAAGUGGAGCUCCUUCUAUAAACACGGUUGCAACAGAAGAAAUACCUAUACUACAUCAACACGAGGGAAUAAGACCCCCUGAUGAGUAUAUUUUAUCCCCCCACAACGACUCUCAGUACUACACAUCAGAUACGUUACCUUUGAGGGAUAAUUCUGAUGAUGGGGACUUGAAAAGGCAGUUGGAGCGAGCUGGUAAGAUAUACGGGCCGUAUGGGGCGCCUGCGGGAGCUUACGGUGCUCAACCAAAGCUGUCUUUCCUGAUGGAGUUAAGGUCCAAAAUGCCGGAGCAGCCGCAAGCGGGAGCCGCCCCGACUACUACAUUCGGCCAGAGGAAUAAUGUUGCAGACCAGCAACAAUACUACGAGGACAACCUGCCCAGCCCGCCGCACCCGCCGGUGUACUCCAGCGCGUACGACACGACCGCCUCCGACAACAUCCCGAGCUACGACUCCAGCCCUCAGGACUUAUCCCGAGAGUUCGAAGACUCGCCCUUACCAGAACUACACCACAGAUCCAAGUCUGAAGCUCUACUAGAAACGAAUUUCGAUUUUGAGGAUUCAGAAUCCAGUCCCAUACCAAUGUCAGAAGCAAGCAGAUCACAUAGCCAACCUUUAGAAACUGCAAUGUAGGAAAAGCCAUAAAAUAUAACCUGCAAAGAGGUUGGUUAAAAUUAAAAAAGUUACUUAACAUGGCCCAAGAUGGCCGACUGUUGAAAAAAGGAGUUGAUCACAAUAUCGUAUAAGAAAAGCAAUGAAAAGACUGACUUAUGAUGUCUUGAUCGAUUUAUUUAAUUUUUCAUGCAUUUACUUUGUAUUUUACCUAUAUCUACAUCAAGUGCCUUGUAAACUCUAACAUUCCAUCUUUCUAUUCUGUCUAUAUAGUUAGUUUUAGAUAUUUUUUAUGUAUGUUUAAGUCAUGACGACUAUACAAAUUACCAGA